GUCAAACACAGCGAGUCCUGGUGCCCAGAGCACCGGGAGGCGGAGGGUGGGUCUGCGGUCGCGUGACCAAACCAGCUGUUAGCAGGGGGCUGGAGAGCCUGGAGUCUGGGGAACCGGAGCGCCGGCGGUCUUCUGCGCUACCGAUGCGGAGGCUGUAACCUAGCCGCCGCAGCGCCCCCAACUCCGCAGUCGCAGCAUCAGCACCGCUGGACCCGCCUGGAGCCGGCUGCUUGGCAGGAUGUCUGGCGCUCCUCCAAGUUACUCUUUUGUGGCUUUGCCACCUCGAGCUAAGGAUGGUCUGGUGGUAUUUGGGAAAAAUUCAGCUCGGCCCAGAGAUGAAGUACAGGAGGUUGUGUAUUUCCCAGCUGUUGACCAUGAAGCUGAGAGCAAAGUUGAGUGCACUUACAUCUCAAUUGAUCAAGUUCCCAGGACCCAUGCCAUAGUGAUAAGCAGACCUGCCUGGCUCUGGGGGGCAGAAAUGGGAGCCAAUGAACACGGGGUAUGCAUAGCCAAUGAAGCCAUCAAUGCCCGAGAACCAGCUGCUGAGACAGAAGCCUUACUGGGGAUGGAUCUGGUCAGGCUUGGCUUAGAACGAGGGACAACAGCUAAAGAAGCCUUAGACAUCAUUGUUUCUUUAUUGGAUGAGCACGGACAAGGUGGAAAUUAUUAUGAAGAUGCACACUCCUGCCACAGCUUCCAAAGUGCAUAUCUGCUGGUGGAUCGCGAUGAAGCCUGGGUGCUGGAGACCGUAGGGAAGUAUUGGGCUGCUGAGAGAAUCACAGAGGGAGUGAGGAGCAUUUGCAAUCAUCUUUCACUCACUACUAAGAUGGACGAAGAACACCCAGAACUCAGGACUUAUGCUCAGAGUCAAGGCUGGUGGACGGGAGAGGAUGAAUUCAAUUUUGCCCAGGUUUUUUCUCCAGCCGAUGACCAUUUGGAUGGCUGUGCAGGCAAAGACAGCUUAGAAAAGCAAGAAGAAAGCAUCACUGUGCAGACGAUGAUCAACAUCUUACGAGACAAAGCCAGUGGCGUUUGCAUAGAUUCUGAGUCUUUCCUCACCACAGCCAGCAUAGUGUCUGUCCUGCCUCAGAACAGAAGUUCACCGUGCAUCCACUACUUCACUGGGACCCCAGAUCCUUCCAGGUCCAUAUUCAAGCCUUUCAUCUUUGUCGAUGAUGUAAAACUUGUCCCCAAAGCCCAGUCACCCUGUUUUGGUGACGAUGAUCCAGCCAAAAAGGAACCUCGGUUCCAGGAGAAGCCAGACCGCCGGCAUGAGCUGUACAAGGCACAUGAGUGGGCACGUGCUGUCAUCGAGAGUGACCAGGAGCAAGGCCGCACCCUGAGGAAGACCAUGCUGGAGUUGGAGAAGCAAGGCUUGGAGGCCAUGGAAGAGAUUCUGAGCAGCCCUGAGCCCCCGGACCCCGCUGAGGUGGGGGACCUUUUCUAUGACUGUGUGGACACGGAGAUGAAGUUCUUUAAGUGAUGUAAGCACCCCCAUCCUUACUCAAAAUUUCCCACCCGACUAAAUUACCAGCAGAUAAACACUCUUCUGUUUGAGUAAAAUGAGAGUUACCAUGUGGCCUCCUUGUGUCUAAAUGUUCCCUCUGUUCAGCUUAGCACCCCCCCCCCCUUUGCUAUGUAACGCGAUCCCACUUGCCUCUUGCUCCAUUGUGUGAUAAGCUAUGGGCUUGAAGAUGUUCUUGUAUUUCAGUGACAAUGGACACCUUAGCUUCUUAUGAGGAACUAGAGUUCCCUCGCCUUGGGCAGGGCUGCAGGGCCACGCUGGUGGGAAAGACAAGAGUUGUGAAGGGCCUGGCCCCUCUCUAGAUAGUGGUUUCUUUAAGGUUAACAAAAGGCUUUUGUUCAUACCAAAGGCUCUUGUGUGUGUGGAUGGGGGAGAGCCCCCCAGCUUCCCUCCACAGAGCACAGACCUGUGUGUAGCUCAUAGUCCCCCCAAGUGUGUCCUGGGAAGGAACAGAGGACUCAUGGGCACAGUCCCAGCUCUGCUCCACUGUACGUGAUUUUUGAAAGACCUGAAGACCUGUCUGUUGUGAACUGUGCUCGCAUGCAAUGGAGCAGACCUGCUUCCACCUGCAGGAGAGCUGGGCAUCCAUGUUAGCCGCACCUCCCAUCCAGCAGUGCUCCCACCUGAGGACCUGGCCCCGUGUAGAAGUGAUUGGGAUUUGAUUGUCAGCAUCUUGUAUGAGAUUCAUUAAAUGGCCCCCUGCAGAGCAGCCAUACGCAGCUGCAAAUCUCAGCCAAUGAGGGAAAGGAAAGGGUCGCUCCUGACUGCGGAGAGCAUGGCUAAUGUACCUGGGAUCUGAGCAGCCAUGGUCUCAGCAGAGCCGGAAAUUAAACUCAUUUGUUUCCAGCAUCGGUGUGUUUGCACAAAGGAUUUGACGCCGCAGGAGUAUGUGAGGAAGACAGGGCGGGCUGAGGGCAGAAGGUGGUGAGACAUUUAUCCACAGACCAGUCAGCCUCAUCCCACCCACUGCUUCGUUAACUAGAUCCCAUAAAUCAGUAGGAUCUCCUCCACGUCAGUCUCACGCCCCACUGCCCAACAGAUGCCUUGGGACGAUGUCUAGAAUGGGAGAGAGGUAUAGGUGCCUAUCCACUGCCACUCUCCAUGACUGAAGGGGCAGAAAGAUGACUGGCAGAAGUAUAGACUAGAGGAGCAGCCAGUGAGCAUGUGCUGUGGGGGCCUAAUUAUAGGUCCUCAUUCUUGACAGGGCUGAGCAAACAGAAACUGUCCAUCAGUGAUCUCAGGCAUGGCUUAGGGCUGGCAGGGACCUGAGCCUUCAUUUCACAAUGUGAUGCUGGCUACAGGUUUUAUUGGGACAAGUCUUGUUUCUCUUCCAACCCUCAUUUGAGAGAGAGAGAGAGAGAGAGAGAGAGAGAGAGAGAGAGAGAGAGAGAGAGAGAGAGAGAGAGACUAUUCACUGUGAGCCCCUUUCUUGACUGUUUUGUGGGUUCCACAUAUAAACAAAUGGCAAAACAUGAGAGAUGGGACAAAUUCAUGACAACCUGGCAUCUCUUGCGGAUGAACAGAGGGUCACAGGAAGAGCAGCUAAGCUGAAAGUGCCCGGCAGGUGCAAAGAGGAAAAGGGUGAGGUUUGAGGAGGAAGCAGUUGCCCGUCCAUCCUCACCUGCUGAGCUAUUUAAGGAAGGUGAUGCAGAAAGCCAUCCUGUGAACUCCUUGUGUGGUCUCUCCUCUGUCUCUGAGGCCAGCUCAUCCGAUCUGACCUGCCUGAGACAACCUAGGUGAUUAGGGGUUUGAUCAGAGGUCUAGUGAUAGCAAACGACAUAGCCACCUUCUUUCAUUACUUUGGCCAAGGUCGCAGAUGGCUGUGACAACUUGAUGUUGUUACUCAGGUGUGCACUGGAAAACCCAGUGGCUGUUUUUAUUGUUGACUGUAGUCCAGCCUCACUGAGAAAAGCUCUUUGGAGCAUUGUACAGCUCAACCAUGUUGUCAUGUUACCACCAGAGGGCGCAGCAGCCCCCUAAGAGCAGCCGCUAAAGGGCCUGGUUUUCUCCUCAGGCAAUGGAUAAGAGUUGAGCUAUGGAAGCUUUGCUUACUGGGGUGGAUGAGAACACACGAGAGGAGAGUAGGAAAUCUGCCACGGUGCCUGCACGUCCUUUAGUGAGUUUAUCAAAACUAACAACAGAAAUGAUACUGGAUUUUGAGUAAGCGGACGUAGGAGAAUAUUUGUUUUAAAAUGCAUCUAACAGAUUUCUCUUUGAAGAAACACUUCUUACACGGGUAAUUUUUCAGUUAGGGGUCACUUUUAUGAACAGCAUGGAGAGAACAGAUAUUCAGGAAUGUUUAAGAUCGCUCUGUAAUUAACUUCCCAGAAGACCACCCUGUAUCUAUUAACCCUUGAGGAUGGGGGAAUCCUGAGCACACUUUGGACAGAAAUAAGUCAUGAUCAUGAAGGAUGGACUGCCUGCCCCACCUGCGCCACCUGCCCCACAGAACCUAACCUAAGCUAGCUAGUGUUGUGUAGAUGAGAUUUGCAGUAAAUGAAAAUGCCAGCCUAGCUGGGGGCAGACACUUGAGUGAACAUAAGUUAGUAAAGUGGAAAUAGUCUUUUAUCAUCCUUAGGGGGGUCUGAAAGCUGGAUAAGCAUCUGACAAACUCUUUGGAGACUUAGCUCAACACAAGCUCCAGUGUUGGGAGGAGUUGGCCUCACAAUCUAAUGAAGCAGGUGUACGCCUAGUAGAGUUCAGUGGCAAUGCCCCCUCCCUCUCGGGUGAAUCAGUAGCUGUGAAAACAAUUGUCAUCACAAAACUGUCAUCUCACAAUGAUACAGGCGAUGCCACUCUGGAAGGGCCUCAGGGCAGCCAGGUGUGCGUGUCUUAAAACUAUUGACUGCAUUCUUGUAUUGCAACCAUCUUCAGCUCAGAGUUCAGCCUUGGGAGAAAGCACACCAUGGAGGGAGAGGUGUGGCAGGUGUUGGGCAAGCAUCCCGGCCCUCUCCGGUGCCUCCCACAGCCAUGGCAUUUCACACCACACUGGUGGUGAGCCCCAACUCCUGUCCCGUAGUGUGCGUCACAUGUGUUUUAUUGGACUGAAGCCAAUCAUCCUGAACUGUCAUGCAGAGAAUUCUUGCAGGAAUCAAUAAGGACAUGUCUCUAAUCCUGUUGUGAGAACUGAAAUGCCACAGCUGGAGCAGUAUAACAGAAAACCUUUGUUUCCUGUGGGGGAGAACUGACCAUGUAGUCUUAACAGCCUUUUGUACAAAUAUCUACAAAUCAAACCAUGUCUCUAUCCAGUGCUUGCCCUCGGAGUGUCUUUAAAUGCACCAAGUGUACAAUAAAAAAACAUGGAAGUCAAAA